AUGGUGACACAGAAGGGGGACCAAUUUAUUGUCGGGAGAAAAGCGCAUAACCAUCAAGCACAACCAGGUGCAGCAGUCGUCUCCAAGAUAACCGCGUCCAUGAAAGAAAAAGCCGCCGAAAACGUGUACAAGUCAGCAUCCGCUAUUGUGACUGAAGUCCUUCUUGAGCACGUGAACUCAGGCCCAUGUCCUUCGCUACCGAAAAUGAGCUGCUUAACCAGAGCAACUAAUCGCUUUCGCCAGAAGAAUCGCCCGCAAGAUCCCACAGACUUGGAAUUUGAGCUCCAAGAGGACCGCGUCGCUGAAAAUUUUUUUAAAGCUGACAUCAAUGUCCGAGAUCGCCGGCAUUUCAUCUUCGCAACAGAUGAACAAAUCCACCUCCUGAGUAAAGCAAAGACCUGGUACGCUGAUGCCACGUUUAAACUUUGCCGGUCGCCCUUCAAACAGCUUUUCUCUAUUAACGCCUUCGUCAAGAGUGGGGAAGACACUAAACAGUUGCCCCUCGCGUUUGCAUUGAUGUCCGGCCGAAAGAAGCGCAAUUAUAAAGCAAUCUUGCAAAGGUUGAAGGAGAUUGUCGGAGAGGUUCGCGUCGAUAACAUCGUUAUUGACUUUGAAAGUGCCAUGUGGGGGGCUUUCCGCCGAGUAUUUCCAGGCAUCAACAUCACAGGAUGUCUGUUCCACUGGACCCAAGCAAUUUGGCGGAAAGUCCAAGAACUCGGCUUGCAAACGGCCUACGCGAACGAUAGAAAUGCCCACGACUACAUAAAGAAGUUAAUGGCCCUACCAUUCCUUCCCGCAGACAGGAUACGCGAGAUUUUCGAUGUAAUGAAAACAAGGGCAACCUCGCAGCCUCUGUCGCAAUUGGUGACGUACAUCGAGAAUACGUGGUUCGAUAAUCCGAACUGGAAUGAAACUUCUUGGAGCGUGUACAUGUCACCCAUACGGACGAACAAUGACGUCGAGGGGUGGCAAAACGCGAUAAACAGACGGGCCGGAGGACGCAGCGGACUCCCUUUCUACCAGUUGAUCAACCUCUUGAAUUCAGAAGCGCAAAUUGCGCAUCUUCAGGUACGGCUGGUUUCUGAGGGUAAGUUGCGCAGAAUACAGCGAAAGAAGUACGUUGCGCUUCAAAGACGUAUCUUUAAGGCAUGGGACGAUUACAGCGACGGGGAGAUAACGACAGAACAGUUGUUGAGAGUUUGUUCGCACUUGAAUGGACCAGUAACCUCAUAGCCAUCCAUUCGCGUUGGCUCGCUCAAUUACGUACUUAUUAUUGAUUGACAGGGGUCAUUCAACCGCACUUCAUUCAACGCAGAUUUGGAGGCCUUUG